CCCUUUACAAGCAUGGACUUUGAUGCAUAUUAUGAUUGUUUUUAUUUCAUAUAAAUUGUAUUUAUUUCAUAUAAAUAUAUAUAAUUGUUUGUAUUUCCUGAGGGGUCUCCUGUGUGUAUUUGGGCCCGAAAAGACCACUUUCUUUUAUACGCACUCGUGCAAUCAUUGUAGUCCUCUCCUGCAUGCUUCAGAGAACCAGUAGGCCUAUGCAAUAGAGCAUUAUUACAAAAACGACAUGGUGGCCAAUUGAAUGUAUAAUUGCAACAUUACAGAUUUUUUUACACACUUAUUUAAUGAGUUUCAAAAUAAGUAUCCUAAUUUUGAUGUUUUUACAAACAUUAUUUUUCUGAAGGAAGUGAUGUCCAUGUUCUCGCACAUUUGAAUGUGAACAGAUUGUUUUGUAAAGCAGGUGGACUGGGGAGAUUCAGUAUUGUUCAACAGUCGAGGGAAACUGAUAGGCUGAUUGUGAAGAAGGUGGAUUAUAUGGUGUUAUUCGGGCAUGUGAUUAAUUGUAAUGCACAAACGAACUAAGAAACUGGACAUAAUAGUAUCUGCGGAUGAAAGGUUUUUGGGUUUCAAGGUCUACACUGCUCAGUGCAAAGAAUACUGUCCGAAGAUGCUCUUUUUUUUCUCUGGCCCCAGUGCCUGUAGGGAUGGGCGUUGGCAGUUGAAUCGAAUAAAGGAGUACAUCGAGUUUUUUGUUUUUGUUCAGUUUUAUUUUGUUAAUUGUUUGGCCAGAUAUACAGCCAAAACAGUAGGUGGCGGCAUGCACCAAUAUAAUUUGUUUUUGCUGACCGCCAUAAUAUCAAAGAAGAAGUCCCCGUACAGCAAUACACCAAUUGGUGGGAUGCCAUAGAACUUUCAAGAACAAGGAAGCUUUCUAAACAAGCGACGAUAAGCCUGCUGUUAAUCGACCCGAUAUGACUGCUAUCAGACCAUUCGAGAUGGAGCGUCCAAGACACCGUCCGUUUCUGAUUGGUGUUAGCGGAGGAACUGCCAGUGGCAAGUCUACCGUAUGUGCCAAAAUCAUGGAGUUACUGGGCCAGAACAAGGUGGACCAUCAUCAGAGGAAAGUUGCUAUCGUCAGCCAAGACAGUUUCUACAGAGUCUUGACACUUGACCAGAAGGCCAAGGCACUCAAGGGCCAGUACAACUUUGACCACCCAGACGCUUUUGACAACGAGUUGAUGUACCAAACCCUGAAGGAUAUUGUGGAGGGGAGUGUGGUGGAGGUGCCGACAUAUGACUUUGUCACGCAUUCCAGGCUGCCGGACAGGAUCAUGGUGUACCCGGCUGACGUGGUUCUGUUUGAGGGCAUUCUGGUAUUCUACUCUCAGGAAGUGAGGGACAUGUUUCACAUGAAGCUCUUUGUGGACACUGACUCUGAUGUCAGGCUUUCCCACAGAGUUCUGCGGGACAUGAAGAGGGACAGAGACCUGGAGCAGAUCCUUAACCAGUACACUACGUUUGUCAAGCCAGCCUUCGAGGAGUUCUGUUUACCUACCAAGAAAUAUGCAGAUGUAAUUAUUCCUAGAGGAGUUGACAACAUGGUGGCCAUCAACCUCAUCGUGCAGCACAUCCUGAAUGAGGACCUCUGUAAGUGGCAGCAUGGAGGAGUGGUGAACGGGCACAGCCGUGGUUUCAAGCGGGCCUUCUCGGAGCAGGGGGACCUGGACAACGCCACAACCAACCUUCCCCUAGGGAAGAGGGUCCUACUGGAGCCGAGCAGUCGCCCCCACUGAGGCAGCCAUCUCUGUGUGUGUGUUUACUCUGACUGACAGUCUACUUCUAUAUACACUUUCCUAAUAUUGAGUUGCACCCCCUUUUGCCAUCAGAACAGCCUCAAUUCGUUGGAGCAUGGGCUCUACAAGGUGUUGUAAGCAUUCCACAGGGAUGCUGGCCCAUGUUGACUCCAAUGCUUCCCACAGUUGUGCCAAGUUGGCUG